CCGCACCCCCACCUCCGACUGGGCCUUGCUUCUGCCCCUACAAGGUUUGGCCCGUGGUGGGGGAGGGUCCCAGCCCCCAGCUCCGCCCGGUCCCUCCCCGCCUUUUAGGCGCCCGCGCGGCUGGGACAUCCCAGUCCAGUUUGGUUCUCCUGGCCCACCAGCCGUGCUUUCAGUCCUCGCCGCCAGCCCAGUUCGCCCGGUCCGCAUCGCCAGCCGGCCGGCCCGACCCCCACCGCAGCCAUGGACGCCAUCAAGAAGAAGAUGCAGAUGCUAAAGCUGGACAAGGAGAAUGCCAUCGACCGCGCUGAGCAGGCCGAGGCUGACAAGAAGCAAGCUGAGGACCGCUGCAAGCAGCUGGAGGAGGAACAGCAGGCCCUCCAGAAGAAGCUGAAAGGAACAGAGGAUGAGGUGGAAAAGUAUUCUGAGUCAGUGAAGGACGCCCAGGAGAAACUGGAGCUGGCCGAGAAGAAGGCCACCGACGCUGAGGCAGAUGUGGCCUCCCUGAACCGCCGCAUUCAGCUGGUAGAGGAGGAGCUGGACCGGGCGCAGGAGCGCCUGGCUACAGCCCUGCAAAAGCUGGAGGAGGCUGAGAAAGCAGCUGAUGAGAGCGAGAGAGGAAUGAAGGUCAUUGAAAACCGAGCCAUGAAGGAUGAGGAAAAAAUGGAGCUUCAGGAGAUGCAGCUAAAGGAGGCCAAGCACAUCGCUGAGGAUUCAGACCGCAAAUAUGAGGAGGUGGCCAGGAAGCUGGUGAUCCUGGAAGGAGAGCUGGAGCGCUCAGAAGAGAGAGCUGAGGUGGCUGAGAGUAAAUGUGGGGACCUAGAGGAGGAGCUGAAAAUUGUUACCAACAACUUGAAAUCCCUGGAAGCCCAAGCAGACAAGUAUUCCACCAAAGAAGAUAAAUAUGAAGAGGAGAUCAAACUUCUGGAGGAGAAGCUGAAGGAGGCUGAGACCCGAGCAGAGUUUGCCGAAAGGUCUGUGGCAAAGUUGGAGAAAACCAUCGAUGACCUGGAAGAUGAAGUCUAUGCACAGAAGAUGAAGUAUAAGGCCAUCAGCGAGGAGCUGGACAACGCACUCAACGAUAUUACCUCUCUCUGAGCCCUCACCAGUGUGGCCCCCUUGGCCCCUUCUCUCCUCUCCUUUCCAUUCUGUCUAUGAGGAGGGGCGCAGGCAGAAGGAACGAAAAUUGCCAACAUUGCACAACCAGGCUGGGCGCAGCCUAGGAGAACCCCCAUCGUACAUGCUGCCUGCCCUGGCAUUUGCUUCUUCCUUCUAUCCAUCCGCUACUCCCUCCACCUGCUGGCCUCUACCUCUGCUGCUGAAUAAAACUCAACUUGGUCUCCAUGCUGUUUUCCUGCCCUCCAGAGAGCACUUCCUUCACUCCCCUAAAAAUACUAGUUCAGUGCUGAAACCUUGGCUCUUACAGACACCCCCAGUCUUGUAACACCCCUCCACCACUAAGCUCACCCACAAAACAGUGUGGCCCACAUUGAAACCCCCUCUGCACGGGCACUCCCAGUCUUCACUUUCUGUCACUGCUGCAUGUGGGCAUGUAUGACCCCUUCAGUCACCAUGAGCCAUGUGGUGCUUCUGCAGACCCAGGCCUGUCACUGACUUCAGAGCACUCACCUGGGGUUCCAGGAUCUCAAGGAAUGGUUAGAAGGGAAAUGGGGCGAUGAGGUACAGGCAAGGAGGGGGUGGGUGCAGCAAGAAGAUUGUGAAAAGUCUGAGAUGAAUCUGGAAAAUCUUUGGAUGCCAACAACGUGGGGCUUUCAUUGCAGGUCUGUUUUCUGCCUCCAAUCUGUCUGUCUGGCUAGCCUUCCCUUUCCUGGCUCAGUGUUUUGUCUUUCCUUCUGUUUCCAAUCCUCUUAAACCUUCUAAAGGAGAUGGGCAGAUUAGUUUAUGACUCAAGCCUUCCCAUCCCACCUCCGUGACCCUGAAGCUUUGAGUGAGGCAUCCAUGUCUGUCCUGGUCAAUCCAUCCAUUCGCCCCUACCAGGGGGUCCUCAGAUCCCUGAAUGCUUGUGUCUUCAUGUGCACAAGCAUGUCUGUUUGUCACACCCCCUGUCCAUGCCUUCACGUCUCUUCUCUCAUGUCUCCCCUCCCCUUCCUCAUGUGCUGCUUCCUC